AUGUACGUGCUGGUCGAUGGUGACGAUAUUGGUAGCCAAUACGAAAAUAACUAUGAUCAGGAUUCGGAAUCGUCCGAAUAUCUCACAAAUGAGCACUACGCAACCGUGGAGGAUACGCUCGGGAACAACUAUGACCUACGUGACUACUAUUUCCCAAAAGUUGAGGAUCGUGAUGGAGACGCAAAGAUAGAUCUUUUGAAACUUUUUCAGAUGGUCAAUAGUUACAAUAACUCUACAGACGAUACGUUCGAAUGGGAUGACUUUGCUCAGUUCAAUUUCACCACAUUAUUACGCUCAUCAGAGGAGGAUGUAAGCUUUGGUCACUUCUUUCCAAUUGUUUUCUGA